AUGGCUGCUAGCCCACAAGGCUCAACAGUGCCUGCGAAUGAAUCAUCAUAUAAGCCAAGAUAUAUCGAUAUUGGUAUCAAUCUUGCAGACCCAAUAUAUCGGGGGGAAUAUCACGGUACCCAGCGACAUCCUGACGACCUAGAAGAUGUUGUGUCGAGGGCUCAGGAAGUUGGUUGCCAAAGACUCAUUGUCACCGGCUCAGAUUUCAAAAGCUCUAGGACUGCGCUUGAGGUAGCUGAAGAAUUCCCCGGAACUGUUUAUACGACUGCUGGAAUACACCCCUGUUCCAGCGCCAUAUUUAGCACAACCCACUCCCACGUGGAUACCGACGGCCAUACUAUGCCCUGUGAUGCAGACCCUUCCAAGCCGAUCUCGGAAGACGACGAGCCAGAUGUCGAGAGAACGGCGUCGAUAAUCUCAGAACUCCGAGGUAUAAUUGAAGAGGCACGGGAAAACAGCUUCAUGGGCCCGUGCCCACUCGUGGCGUUCGGUGAAUUCGGACUGGACUACGACCGUCUGCACUACUGCAGCAAGAAGAUCCAGCUACACUCGUUCGCCGCACAGCUAGACCUCGUCCUCUCCCUCGAGCCCCAGCUCCCCCUAUUCCUGCACUCGCGCGCCGCCCACGCCGACUUCGUGGGCCUCCUCAAGGCCAAGUUCGGCCCCCGGCUCGAGAAGCUCGAGCACGGCGGCGUGGUCCACAGCUUCACGGGUACGGCGGACGAGAUGCGCGAGCUCAUGGACCUGGGCCUGUACAUCGGCAUCAACGGGUGCAGCUUCAAGACGGCCGAGAACUGCGCUGUCGUCAAGGAGAUCGAUCUCGACCGCCUGAUGCUCGAGACGGACGGCCCCUGGUGCGAGGUCCGGCCCAGCCACGAAGGGUGGAAGUAUCUCGAGCCACCGCCAAGGAAGCCCAAGGUUGCUGCUGCUGCUGCUGCUGCUGCUGCUGCUGGCACGGAAGAUACUCCCCCAGAUCCAAACGCUGAGGCAAAUACGGCCACCGAACCCUCAGCCCCAACAACUCCACCUCCACCCCCACCCCCCAAAUCCAAGAAGAAGCCUAAGCGAAACCAAGAACCCCUACGCCUAACGCAAUCGCAACCGAAGAAGAAGCCCACCUCGGUGCCCGAACGCUUCCCGACGGUCAGGAAGGAGAGGUGGACGGAAGGGUCGAUGGUGAAGGGGCGCAACGAGCCGUGCAUGAUCGAGCGGGUGGGCGCGAUCGUGGCGGGGAUUAAAGGGGUUAGUGUGGAGGAGGUGUGCGAGGCGGCGUGGCGGAAUACCGUGAGGGUGUUUCGGGUGGGUGAAUAG